UGCCAUGCACAUCUUUUUCAGAUACAGGCUGUGAUCAGCUGUGUCCAAUCACAGCUGAUCACAUGGGACAUGUCCUGAUGAUCUGUGUAGCCCCAGCAGUGCCACCUGUCAGUGUCCAUCAGUGCCAGCUGUCAGUGCUCAUCCAUGCCCCCUGCCAGUGCCCAUCAGUGCCACGUUUCAGUGCCUACCAGUGCACAUCAAUGCCACAUAUCAGUGCCCAUCUGAGCUGCCUUUAAGUGUCACCCAUCAGUGCCAGUCAGUGCCACCUAUCAAUGCCAGUCAGUGCCACCUAUCAGUGCUGCCAAUCAGUGCCACCUAGCAGUGCCAGUCAGUGCUGCCUAUCAGUGCCAGUCAGUGCCGCCUAUCUGUGCGCAUCAGUGCCGCCUAUCAGUGCCCGUCAGUG